AGUGCCUUUAAAAGAGAAACUAAAGCUCUGUGAACUUGGGGAUAAAAAUUCCUUGUUUCUGGAAUUCAAGGUGUAUGGCUGUAUGGUACUGCUCGCAUUUGUCCUAUGAGGCCACCUUGCAAACAAGAGCGCCAAUGCAGGCGCGCAGCUGCCUCCGGGUCUGCGGCCAGCUGCGGCACCGCGCGCCAGGUGGACUGACCGAGUGGCGCCCGGUGGACCGCGCCCGGGGACCGCGCCCGAGCCCGGCUACGGCUGUGCACUGGCUGAGCACCCCGUGGGCUGCGGUUCCCCCGCCUCGGAGGCCAGCCGGGCUGCACCCGCGGCUCGCCCGCAAGGGGAGCGCUCGGUCCCCGCAGACCCCCCUCCCGCUUGCUGCCGAUCCAGCUCCAGUGCGAUUCCGGACACUCCUCCUGGAUUCGGCCAGCGCCUGCCCCACCCCGGUUGCUUUUCUUUCCAGAAUUCCUAGGCAACGCACCCCCGAGGUGUAUACCCAAGCUGAGGUGUCUGCGGGGGGAGAAUCAGGCGCUACUCGCGGGGCGCCGUCACGUGAUGCGGGGAUGAGGUGGAGUUCGGCUUUAAGGGGGCGUCUCUUCCUAUCUUCAUCAAUCUUUAGGAUUUGAGCAGGAGAGAUACCAACGGAUCUUUCUUCCCCUCUCUGCUCCCUUCCAUUACCAUUCUUCCCGCUUUAAUAAACGGGCGAAAAAGACGAAUCCAACAGAGGGAGCGCUCAGAUUUGCCAUGCUUACCUGGAUCCUGUGCAAAAGCAUAACCCGCUAGGUGGCACACAGGCGGGGGGGAGUGCAGAGCUUGCCUGUCUCUACCUGGACAGAAACGGAGAAGCAGUAUCUGGCAGUCGCAAGACUCUAGAAUGGGCUUCCCUGGUGAACAGAGUAGAAAGCUAUCCAGCCCGGUUGCCCACCUAUGACUACAGCGGGAGUGCUUUUCGAUCGUUCAGUUCAAGGGAAUGAAGAAUUCAGAGUAAUUUUGAUAAAUGGAUUGCAAUAUGGAGAAUUAAUUAAGAAUAAGCUGAACAUUUGAUCUGCUUUGAAGAAACAUAUUUUCCAUUUGUCUAGAGUAAUCUAUAAUCACCAAACCAAUCAAAAUGAAUUCAACAUUAUUUUCCCAGGUUGAAAAUCAUUCAAUCUUCUGUAAUUUUUCAGAGAAUUCCCAGUUUUUGGCUUUUGAAAGCGAUGAUUGUCAUCUGCCCUUGGCCAUGAUAUUUACAUUAGCUCUUGCUUAUGGAGCUGUAAUAAUUCUUGGGGUCUCUGGAAACCUGGCCUUGAUUAUAAUCAUCUUGAAACAAAAGGAGAUGAGAAAUGUUACCAAUAUCCUGAUUGUGAACCUUUCCUUCUCAGACUUGCUUGUUGCCAUCAUGUGUCUCCCCUUCACAUUUGUCUACACAUUAAUGGACCACUGGGUUUUUGGCGAGGCGAUGUGCAAACUGAAUCCUUUUGUGCAAUGCGUUUCAAUCACCGUGUCCAUUUUCUCUCUGGUUCUCAUUGCUGUGGAGCGCCAUCAGCUGAUAAUCAACCCACGAGGGUGGCGACCAAGUAACAGACACGCUUACAUAGGUAUUGCGGUCAUCUGGGUCCUUGCUGUGGUUUCUUCUCUACCUUUCCUCAUCUAUCAAGUAUUGACCGAUGAGCCAUUCCAGAAUGUAACACUUGACGCAUUCAAGGACAAAUACGUGUGCUUUGAUAAAUUUCCAUCGGACUCCCACAGGCUGUCUUAUACAACUCUCCUCUUGAUGUUGCAGUAUUUUGGCCCACUCUGUUUUAUAUUUAUUUGCUACUUCAAGAUAUACAUACGCUUAAAAAGGAGAAACAACAUGAUGGACAAGAUGAGAGACAAUAAGUACAGGUCCAGUGAAACCAAAAGAAUCAACAUCAUGCUUUUGUCCAUUGUGGUGGCGUUUGCGGUCUGCUGGCUGCCCCUUACCAUCUUUAACACUGUGUUUGAUUGGAAUCAUCAGAUCAUUGCAACGUGUAACCAUAAUCUAUUAUUCCUGCUGUGCCACCUUACAGCAAUGAUAUCCACUUGUGUCAACCCCAUAUUUUAUGGAUUUCUGAACAAAAAUUUCCAGAGAGACUUGCAGUUCUUCUUUAGCUUUUGUGAUUUCCGGUCUCGGGAUGAUGACUAUGAGACAAUAGCCAUGUCCACCAUGCACACGGAUGUUUCCAAGACAUCUUUGAAGCAAGCAAGCCCAGUCGCAUUUAAGAAAAUCAACAAUGAUGAUAAUGAAAAAAUCUGAAACUCCUGUAAGCAUAUGGUCCCAGAUGACAUCUGUCUAAAAACAAGCACAAUCUCCAACAUCCUUUGUUACCUGUUCCCCCAAGGGAAUGAGGUUGUACUCAUUUAAGAAAGACCAAGAUUUGCUUGUCUUGCUUUUUACUGCUUUUAUUGUAGCUGUCUAAUUACACUGGGACAAAAUGUACGGGCUUUGGAAUCUUCUGGGCAAUAGUUUUGACCAGAUAUCCUUGAAGUGCUUUUUGUAAACUUCUGCAUAUAAUAUGAAGAAUUUUAUAUUCAAUUUGUUGGAAUUAAGUUUCUUUAGAGUAUUACUAUUGACUGACUUUAGAAGCACUACAUCUGAAACUCAUUAGGUUAGGCCAUCCUGGGUUGAUUAGAUUGGAUGGUCAUUAUGUUGGGCAAUCCUGAUGUAAUGAUAGACAUAUUUUAGUCUGUUACAGAGGGGACAGCAUACAAAAGCAGCAUUCAAGAUGUGGAGCUAAGCCUAUGUCUUGCAGACCUACAGUCUGAAGUCACUGAGGAGUGGUUUGCAUUUUUCUUUUAAGAUUUAAGACAGGAUUUAAUUUGCUCCUGAUUAUCACUUGAGAUGAAAAUGCAUAAAACAUAUUUCUCAGCUGUGAAUAUCAUGGGGAAUUGGGCCACCCACAAGAAUUAAGUGGGAAAGCAGUUUUCUAACUUCAAAACUAUUUUGGUACCUGACAACCAAAGGAUUUCAGAGCAAUUAAUUUAACAAGCAAAUCAGUAUUGCAGCAAAUAGUUGAAUUAUAUUCAUCUGAAUUGUUGGUCCAGCAGUUUUCCAUUCUUCACAGACUGUUCAGUGUUUGUCGAGCUUUCUAGCAUAAAUCUAUAUGUGACUCAAAAGGCAUUUCCAGCUUACAAUAUAUAAAAACACAAAGUGUAUUUUCCAUACAUCAGUGCCUACAUAGUAACUCAUUUUUAACUUUUUCAAUGUCCAUUCUUCAAAGAAGGACACCAAAGUAUACUGUUAAAAGAAUGUUCACCCUGGCUAGCAGGGCUAAAUACCUGAAAACUGAGAACAAUUCAUAUAGCCCAUAUUAACUUGUAUCAACUGUGUGCCUUGUGGAGUCUUAUAAAUAAUGUACUUUAUAGAGUACUAAGUGGUUGUGUCAUGUUAAUAUACUUAAUUUUAUGUAUUCUGUAAUCGUGAUUGAGCCUCAGAAUCAUUUGGAGCAAAGAUAUUUUAAAGAACAAGAUAUAACUUUGGUGUAUUAUGAAAGUAUUAAAUGUGUUUGAUUUUAGAAAGACAGACAUUUUCUGUAUUCAAAUUGGUUUUGCUUUUUCUGAGUAGUCUCUUUUAUGUCUCUCUUCAGUUUGUUUCUUUUUUCUUUUGACUCAUGGUUUCCCUCCCAAUGAUGUUCCCACAGCAUCCUAUUUCUGCUUGUUAAUGAAACAUUUUCCACCCUGUGGUCUUCCUCCUCUGCUUCUUGAAGCUUCUUGGAGGCAGGGGCUAUUUUAUACAACUCUGUCCCCAGUGCAUUUACCACAGUGCCAGGUACUUAAAAGUUUUUCAAAAAAUAUUUCUUAAACAAACAAAUGAAUAAAUAAUAACUAAAUUUCCUCCCUUCUCAUUUAUGAUCAUAAAGACUUUGCAUCUUGAAACUUUUUGGGGACUCCUCCUCCUAAGUUCAUAUUUACCAAGGAGAUGUUUGCUCUUUUCAUUAUCUUAUUUUCCCUUCUAAACUAAGCAAAAAUGACAUUUUCGAUUUCAGAAACUUGCACGUUUAGUCCUAUAAUUCAAACAAAUAUCAAACUUUUCACAUGGUGAAGGUUCAUAUGAAUUCAAAUUCUACCUAAUAAUGACUUUCUGUUAACUGAACAAAGAAAAGAAUUCUAAAACCCACUUUUAACGUACAUUGGAAAAUAUCAUCAUCUUUCCUUACCCAAACCUGGAAUUUUAAACGUUUUUCUGCUUCGGGGGACUAAUGGGAAAUUUUAUCUUUCUCCACUUAGGUGCUAUGGAACCAAAUUGCUACUUGAGAACAGCCUUAAUACAUAGGUGCUUCUUUGUCAGCACAUUUGUUGAGAUGGCCAUUUCUAAGACUCUCACUCAGCUGUGAGGCCGCUGAUUCCUUAUCUUUACAUAAAUAAUGAACUGAAUAUAAAAUUCUUUUUUAUCCAUAGAUGUCGAUGAACUAUAAUAAAGCCUAGGGUCAACAACAGAUCCAGAGUGGUUCAAGAAGAAAUAAAUGUGCACAUUAAAUACCAACUAUGGAACCACUGGGUUUUCUUAAACCCAAGAACAAAUCAAUCAACUGUUUUAGUAUAAGAGCAUUAUGACGAUGUAGUUUCUAUAAAUUUAGAGUAAAAUGAUAAAAGCUAGAAGUUUUAAACACUCAGCAUGUGCCAAGUAUUAUGUCAAAUAUUUAAGUACCUGUGAGGAUGCGUGACUAAUAGGACCACUUCACAUAAGAGGAAACCAAAGUUCAAGUUAUAAAAUUUGAACCCCACACUGAGUAACAGGUGGAGCAAGAAUCAAGCCAAGGUCUGUCCAUUGCUACUAAACUAACAGUGAGCUGACCCUAUGAUAGAGUUUUAGAAAUACUUUGUUUUUCUCUCUUUCCAAGUUAAAUUAUUAGGGCAUGGUAUUACCAUUCACCUUCUUUAUGAUUUUGGCUGUAGAAAGAAAUGAAGUGAAGAAAAGUCGAGAGAAAAUGGCCAUUAGGAUUACAUGUAUCUCUAAUUCCCUUCCGAAUUAGAGAAUUCUGCUUGAAAAUGUAAUCUGAUUAUAGGUAUUAGUUUUAUUUCUUUACUGUUAGCUGGAAAUUCUCACCCCUUUUCUAUUCCACAAAAUGUUGCCUUUUCCAGAAGGUCAUAAAGAAGCAUACCUUGUUUUAUUGCACUUUAUUGUGCUUCACAGACAUGGUGUUUUUUUACAAAUCAAAGUUUUGUGGCAACCUUGUAUUGAGCAAGUCUGUUGGUGCCAUUUUUCCAACAGCACUUGCUCACUUCAUGUCUCUGUGUUGCAUUUUGGUAAUUCUCACAAUAUUUCAAACUGUGUCAUUCUUACUAUAUCUGUGCAGUGCUCAAACUUCUUCCAGGGAAACCUGCUCAUAUGGAUUCACUGGAUAUGCACAAAAUAUCCCCCAGAGACGAAGUCACUGAUCUAUAGACCUGUAUUGAUGUCAGGCUUUGCAUUUAUGUCUUAUAUUCCUAAGGGAGAUAGAAGAGAAAGAUUUGUUGAUUAAAUUGCUUCUUGGGAAUGUUGCAUUAAAAUAUGUGUCUGACUCAAGGUCUGUUACCAGAUGCUUUUAUUUCUACAUUAACUCAUGAUAUUACAAAGGAGUAAACUGAUACCCAUAGGAAUUGAAACGCAGAUUUAUUUGAUUGCAAAAUCCAUGGAUUGCUUUUUUAUACCUCUAUGCCAGCAAGCAUUGGAAUGAAAUCAUAAAGUUUAAUUAUUUUGUUUAUUUUUCAUGCAAUCCAUAUUACUGGUUGAAAAGUGAGGAAAAGUAAUCAAGCAAAAUAUUGUGAUUUUCCCAAAUGGCCAAAAAAAAAAAAAAAGUGUGACUUGUUUUUCUUUUUCUUUUUUUUUUUAAUCAAGUUGUGCUAGCAGUUUUGGCCCCUACUUUUUAAUUUUCUUUUUUAUCUUGAGCUUUAGUAUUUUAUAGCUUUUAAAAAAAUUAGUGAAAUGAGUAAGCACCCAUAUCAAGCAUUUUCCCUCAUUCCAUUAGUUUUGUUUUAUUGCUUAUUUCCUUUUGAAACACUACUGUUCUUGCAUUCCUUCUAGGUAAUCUUAAUAGACUUAAAUGCAAUGCUUGUAAUGAUCUCCCUGGGCCUCAGCUCUCUUAU